UCUUCCAGCUAUUUCACUAAGAGUGGCCUGGCUAGGGUUUUUCAUUCGCCGUUCUCAAAAACCACAAGCCAAGACUAGAAGCGGCACGAAAUGGCUCCAAAGAGAGGAGGAAAAGUUGCUGCACCAGCCAAGAAGAAGCCGGAAAAGGUCGUUAAUCCCUUGUUUGAGAAGCGACCAAAGCAGUUUGGUAUUGGAGGGGCCUUGCCUCCAAAGAAAGAUCUUCACCGUUAUGUGAAGUGGCCCAAGGCAAUUCGUAUUCAGAGGCAGCGAAGGAUACUUAGACAGAGGUUGAAGGUGCCACCUGCUUUGAACCAGUUCACCAAGACCUUGGACAAGAAUCUUGCUACAAGUCUCUUCAAGUUGCUUCUGAAGUACAGGCCUGAGGAUAAAGCUGCCAAGAAGGAACGUCUUUUGAAGAGGGCUCAGGCAGAGGCCGAAGGAAAAACUGUUGAGGCUAAGAAGCCUAUUGUUGUGAAAUAUGGUCUUAACCAUGUCACCUAUCUUAUUGAGCAGAACAAGGCACAAAUGGUUGUCAUCGCACAUGAUGUGGACCCAAUAGAGUUGGUUGUCUGGCUUCCUGCCUUGUGCAGAAAGAUGGAGAUCCCUUACUGUAUUGUGAAAGGGAAAUCGCGUCUAGGAUCGAUUGUCCACAAGAAGACAGCUUCUGUCUUGUGUUUGACCACAGUCAAGAAUGAGGACAAGCUGGAGUUUAGCAAGAUCCUAGAAGCCAUCAAGGCAAACUUUAAUGACAAAUAUGAUGAGUUGAGAAAGAAAUGGGGAGGUGGUAUCAUGGGCUCCAAAUCACAGGCAAAAACCAAGGCCAAGGAAAGACUUCUUGCAAAGGAAGCCGCACAGAGGAUGAACUAGGAAUUUUGCUGAGUCUUUAGUCUUUCAAUCUGUUGAUUUAAUGUCUGUUUUUGGUGAAAUGGUUCUAUGUAGUCGCCUAGAAUCUACUUCUUAAGUUUCACUUGGAAUAUGGUUUUAAAUUGAACUGCCAAAUUACCUUUUGUUAGUUAUUUUUACAUGAUUGCACCCUUAGUAUUGUGCUUUUCAAUAUGAAAAACAUUAUUUGAGUCUACUUUUCGAUA